UUCCUCGUUUCACUGCAUUUUGGGGCCGCGCUUCUGAUCAUGAAUCCCGAGUAUGACUAUUUGUUCAAGCUGUUGCUGAUCGGGGAUUCUGGUGUUGGAAAGUCGUGCUUGCUUCUGAGAUUCGCUGACGAUUCUUACCUGGAGAGCUACAUCAGUACGAUUGGAGUAGACUUCAAAAUUCGCACCGUGGAGCUGGAUGGGAAGACGAUCAAGCUCCAAAUUUGGGACACGGCUGGCCAAGAACGUUUUAGAACGAUCACGAGCAGCUAUUACAGGGGAGCUCAUGGGAUCAUCGUUGUCUAUGACGUGACCGACCAGGAAAGCUUCAACAACGUCAAGCAAUGGCUCAACGAGAUCGAUCGCUACGCGAGCGAGAACGUAAACAAGCUUCUCGUCGGCAACAAGUGCGAUCUAACUGCGAAGAAAGUCGUGGAUUACCAAACUGCCAAGGCCUUUGCGGAUGAGAUUGGAAUCCCGUUUCUAGAGACCAGCGCCAAGAAUGCUACCAACGUUGAGCAAGCUUUCAUGACCAUGGCUGCCGAGAUCAAAAACAGAAUGGCGAGCCAGCCGUCGAUGAGCUCUGCAAAGCCCACCACAAUCCCACUCAGAGGACAGGUUUUGCAGCACAAGCCAAACUGCUGUUCUUGAGCACCUCCGCGCUUUGUAAAGUUGUAAAUUCUGGAGAGAACAUUUCGACUUGUUAGCUACGCUGAAAAGAAUUCUUUGCAAAUAAACUUACUUCAUCCAA